UGCUAGAUAGUUCUUGUCUACUCUUCUUUAGAUUUGUCAAGUGAACUGACAGAAAAACAAUAUUAGUUAGGUUAAAGCAGUGUAAACAACAGGAAUUUGUCGAGAUGUUUAAAAUUCCAUUAACGAAAGCAGCUCGUCUGAAUUCUGUUGUCCUGAAAGGCCCCAGAUUGGUGCUCUUGAGGGCUAUCGCCCAAGAUGCAACGAAACACUACGACAUUAUUAUUGCUGGGGGUGGAAUGAUAGGAACCACAUUGGCCUGCACUUUAGGAAAAAACCAGAUCUUGAGCAACAAGAAGCUGUUAUUGUUAGAGGGCAGCAAAAUCAAACAGCAGAGCAUCUCAGAUAAAUACAGCAAUCGAGUUGUUUCCAUCAAUUUGGGAACGCACAAGCUCCUGAACGAUAUCGGGGCCUGGAGCUUUAUCGCAAAGAAUAGGUUUGCCACCGUGAGGCGAAUGCAGGUCUGGGACGCCCUAUCGGAUUCAUCGAUAACUUUUGGCUCAUCCGAACACACAGAUACUGUAUCCUAUAUAGUGGAAAAUGACCUACUGCUAGCGGCUGUUAGUGAAGAAGCAAAAAAAUGUAACAAUCUUUCGAUUAUGGAUGGUGCCAAGGUGAAAAACUACCAAUUGCCCAUCGCCCAAGAUGAUGUUGUUGGAAUAACUCUAGAAAAUGGCGAAUGUUUCACCUGCGAUUUGCUGUUAGGCUGCGAUGGCGUGAAUUCCUCAGUGCGAAAGGCUAUGGAAGCUGACUAUCUCAGCUGGAGUUACAAUCAAAUGGGCGUUGUAGCCACUGUCCGAUUCUGCGAAAAAUUCAACAACGAGAUCGCGUGGCAGAGGUUCCUCCCCAAUGGCCCCAUCGCUUUGCUGCCGCUGACUGAAGAACUCAGUUCCCUAGUAUGGUCCACGACUCCCGAUGAAGCCAAACGAUUGCUUAGUUUAACGAAUCAGGACUUUGUAGCUGAGUUGAACACAGCUAUCUCUGGUACCUUCAGCAGAUCUUCCCUGGUCCUGCAAGCUACCAGUGCAUUUGAUACUUUCUUGCGAAUGUUCAACUGCUCAGUAGACCAAGUUAGAGCAUAUCCACCGAAGGUCCAGGACAUCGACUCUGGAAGUAGAGCAGCCUUUCCGUUGGGAUUUGGCCACUCUAGCCAGUACAUUAGGCAAGGUGUUGCCCUGGUCGGGGACGCGGCCCAUAGAAUUCAUCCCUUAGCGGGCCAAGGGGUUAAUUUGGGUUUUGGCGAUGUUGCUUGUUUGAACAAAAUAUUGGGAGAUGYAGUUUAUUCAGCRAGUGCAAUCAGUAACAUGGACUACCUGAAGGGAUACGAGUCGGAGCGACAAAAACACAACGUGCCAACGAUGCUGGCCGUUGAGGCUUUGCAUCGACUAUACAAUACGAAAUUUACCCCUAUAGUUCUUUUGAGAAGUUUAGGGUUGCAAACCACCCAUGCCUUGGAACCUAUCAAGAGAGCCAUCCGAAAUCAAGCCGCCGUUUAAAUGAAAUUCGUAUAGAAAAUUCCUUGUUGUUAACUAGCCUUGAAAAUUGUUAUAUAAAUAAAUUAUUUGUUAAUAUAA